AAGUUACUCCUGCUUUUCAUCUAACCCAAUUAUUAGAAAAAAAGAUUUAUUCUGUUAAAAACCCAAACCUAAAUGUAAACCUUGAACUUACCAAAGACCAACAUGAUCAAACCAACCAACUCCUAAUAGAAAACAUUAAUAUUUUCUCAGAAAAUAUCUUAGAAGAUGGACAAUCCAAAGAAUUAGAACAAACUGAU